GCCCAUCCUCGGAAUAUUAAUGCAAAAAUGCCGUACGAAGGAAAUGAUAAAGCUGGGAAAAUACUACAUUGCUUCAUCCUAUGUGAAGUAUAUAGAGUCUGCAGGUGCAAGAGUUGUACCCAUAAGGCUUGAUCUUACACAUAUAGAAUAUGCAGAACUUUUCAAAUCUCUUAAUGGAGUCCUAUUUCCUGGAGGAAGUGCUGACAUAAUGCAUUCAGAUUACUCCCACGUUGCCAAAAUGUUUUACAGCAAGGCCAUAGAGAGUUAUGAUGAUGGAGAUUAUUUUCCUGUGUGGGGAACAUGCCUUGGAUUUGAGCAGCUUGUCUUCCUGGUUAGUGGGCAGAACUUAUUAACACCUACAGACACUUACUCAGUGCCAUUGCCUUUGAACUUUACUACAGAUGCGUUACAGAGCAGAAUGUUCCGGAAUUUUCCUGCUGAGCUAUUGGUGUCGCUAGCGUUAGAGCCUCUGACUGCAAAUUUUCACAAGUGGAGCCUCUCUGUGAAGGAUAUAAGUAUCCAAUAUAUGGUGUCCAGUGGCAUCCUGAGAAAGCACCGUAUGAGUGGAAGGACUUGACAGGCAUUUCCCAUGCACCAAAUGCCGUGAAGACUGCAUUUUACUUAGCAGAAUUCUUUGUGUCUGAAG